AUGAAUCAAUCCGCCCCUCGCCGUCCAUUUCCUCAGCCAGGAUUACAACAACGUCGACGUCAAUUGAAUAAUCACCAACAUCAUUAUUUUGGCCGAAGAUUUCGUCGUAUUAGACCUACAAGGCAAAAUACUUUUUCAAAUAAUAAUUCAAAUAAUUCACAUUCGAUGGGAGAAUUAGAUAAAUAUGUUAUGCACAAUUUGCUUGUUAAAAUUCAUCCAUUCAGAAAAGUAAUUUGGACUUUAUGUGCUCUUUCAAUUUUACUUGGAAUUUUAAUUGUUCUAAAUUCAAUUUGGAGUCUUAUACCAGAAAAUAGAGCUGCAAAUCGAAUUGGAAAUGAUACUCCAUUCCUAAUUUUUUCCGAAGCUUUGGCCUCAGCUUUGUUAAUACUCAGUGUGCUUGGAAUUAAAAUUACUUUUAUGGCCAACAAAGCUGUAAGGUCUGAAAGCCCAUUUUCACAAAGAAUUAAUCUUCGAGAUAACGAAUUACCAUCAGUUGAAUUGGCUUUAGCCCAAUUUGAUUCACAAAGGAGACCCUAUUCUGCACCAAAUUGGUUUAAUUCUUCUGAUUGGCAAGACUUUUUUGCUGCUCCCGGAAUGGUACAACAACAAGAAUAUGGAGGAAGAAAUUUACCUCCUUUUGAUCCAUUUUUAUUUCCUCCAGCACCUCCACGUUAUUCUUCUUUAGAAGCUCCAAAUCAAGCAAUAAUGGUUAGUGGACGUCCAAGAUUAGCAAUUGCUGUUUCUAGAAGGCCAAGUUUACCACCAGUUGGCCAAUCUAAUCAAACAAGCAGUUUUGUGCGUUCACCUCCACCGCCUUAUGUUCCAACAGCAGCUUAG